AUGAACCACCAGGAACGUCAGAAGAAAGGCCCAGAUCGAAGGGAGCAACCCCGAAACGAUGCGGGGACACAGUUCGAAUUUGUAUUGGAGAAGGAUCAGCCUGGCAUUCGCAGCCAUGCCAUGCGACAAUUUUGGAGACAGAAACAAGCUAUCGCAAAAGAAGACCCAAGCGACACAUCUUCCACUGGCCGCCGUCUUUAUCCCCGCACACUAAUGCCAAAUGAUGGCAUGCAAACCCACAGCCAGUUCGAGGGGCUGAAGGAAUUCCGGCAACAGAUGUCAGCUCUCCAGCAAAAGGAUGACGGGGCUGGAUCAGCAAAUGCAGGCAAAGGCAACGCGGAGACUUCGGGCAUCCCGGCCCAAAUCUUGUCUGGAAUCCGUCAUGCCCUGGAAUUUGUCAACUACGACCCUUUCCAUACGUUUCCGGUGACAUUGACGGCUCAACACCGCAAGUUAUUGUACCACUGGUUGAGCACACACACCAGUGGGAUGUCGACCGCCCUCCCCCACGCGGCCUUUGAUCCCAUCAGGGAGGUUUGGUUGCCAUUGGAUCUGUCAAAUAGCGCCUCGUUCAACGCAACUAUGGCGCACGCAGCAGCCAUUUGGCUUACCUUCACGAAAUACUGGGGAAUAGAUGGCCAGUGGGAAGUCCAUCGAGAUGGGCUACAACGCCUGAUCAACGCAAAAGGGGGUCUUUCUGCAUUACGAGAGGACUGGCGUGUGGAACUCGUCGUGUUUUUUGCCUUCUUCAUUGCGGGAUCGCGACAAUGUGAGCCAUCCACGCAUGUAUGGGAGUUGUCAGAGCGCUUCACACCGACGGCCCUUCACCCAACGCUACAAUUAACAGUGGACCGGCAUCGAUCAAAGGUGAUAGAAAGCCUUCAGAUAUACCCAGCUGUAUAUGACGCGACCAUCCUGUUAUACAACUCAUUCCACCACGCGCCCGAGCCUGAGUUACUAGCGGAACCAUCAGAAGUGUGUACCCGACGGUUGAAGUGCUUGGUGUUCCUCGGUGUCAUUUUCCAGGAAUCAAUUUACUCCUCGACAUCAGCACUCGGCGGGGGUAUCAGCAUAGACCGUUCGUUCACCAACCAGUUAGCGGUAUUGGAUGAAUUGUUGACAACGUAUCACCACCGGUGGGGAGGCGAGGUUGAGAUACUGUAUGCAAUUCUCUUCGGUGAGUUUUGCGAUCUGAAUCACCGGCACGAAACCCCGGAGAUGGAGUUUGUUAUACGGUUCGCAGACGGCCUGGACCAGCUCAGUGAGCGCGCCCGCAAAGUUAUUGGGCAGUGUCUCCUGAACAUGCUCUUGGAAGAGAAAUAA